CCAAGCAGGAUUGCCUUCAGAAUAACUGGCAACCAAGGGCAUGUAUCGCUCAUACCUGGGAAGUGAGGAAAUAGAGAGUUUGAAACUCUGCUGCUGAUUCAGAGAGCAGCACCAUGUUUUCUGUGCUCUGAUCACUGGGUUAUUGUUUAACCCAAGGCAAGUGUCUGAGUUUACUUUUUUCCCCGCUGGAAACUCUGUGACAGUGAGCAUGUGGAGGUAAUGAGGAGGUUCAUUGGUGUGGAGAGCUGGCUGUCCCCUCAUUUAUUGCAAAAGUUGAGUUGAAGGUGUUUGCAUUUAGACAACAAUUUGGGUGUUUUUUGGUUUUGUUUUUUUAUUUUUUUAGUAUAUGUUCAUUGUCAUCAAUUUAACAAUACACACGGCUAUUGUUCAUUGCUUUGUGAUGUCAGAUCUAGCCCUCAGAAAUGCUGGUGAGCCUCGGUUCCCACUUGGCUUCAAGGAAAGUCCUUGAGAUGCUGCAGGGGAAGCCUGAAUGUGCCCUAUGCCCUGUUUCAGUCAUCUGCACUAUCGUUUGAUAUAUGUACGUACAUGCUAACUUCCUCUUUUUCUUCUCCUUUCUUUUGACAGUGGCACAUUUGGUCUCUUCUGAGCAUCUUGCAGCCUCUGGGUGACUGGGACAUUGAAUUUGGUGGACAGUUGCCAUUCACUCCCUGGCAUCAUAUCUGCCCUUGCUUCCUUCAUCCCCUCCUGUACUCCCCUAACCUCCGGCCAAACUCCAGGGAGUUGUGGUAUUGCCAUGGAGCCCAGAGAGACUUUGAGCAGCUCCCGGCAAAGGGGAGGUGAAGCAGACUUUCUGCCAGCUGCUGUCACCUCUACGAAGCCUUCGCCUGUCUCGGGCUGCGCAGGGGAGACGAUGCUGUCUUCGUCAGGCACGGGGAAAGGGAUCCCGGUGAGCAGUGAGAGGCUGGAGCCCGAGGAAGAGGAUGAACUGGGUUCUGGAAGAGAUGUGGAUUCUACUUCCAAUGCAGACAGUGAGAAAUGGGUGGCGGGAGACGGCCUGGAGGAGCAGGAGUUUUCCAUCAAGGAGGCUAACUUCACAGAGGGGAGUUUAAAACUAAAGAUCCAGACCACCAAGAGAGCAAAGAAGCCCCCAAAGAACUUGGAGAACUAUAUUUGCCCUCCCGAGAUCAAAAUCACCAUCAAACAGUCUGGGGAGCAGAAGCUUUCCAGAACUGGGAAAAAUAGCAAAGCAGCUAAAGAGGAGGACAGAUCUCACUCCAAAAAGAAGGGAAAAGUUAUUGGAGAUGCAAAACUGCUUAUGAGUUGUGGUUGCAGAAAAGGGAAAAAUUCUCAAGUGAAAGACUCAGAUCAGAGUCAAAUGAAGAAUUUGGGAAGAGAUUGUGGGUUCCCGGUGCAGAGUCCAGUGACGAAAUCUGUGAACAAGGUUUAUGACAGACCACAAAAACAUUCUGCUCUGCACUAUGAUCCAGGCCUCCAACAAGACUUCACCAGUGACACCUUAAAAUCAAAGCACCAGCAGAAAAGUAGCAACCAGCACCACAUUGACUGGUCAGCGAACUCCGACACUGCACCCGCUUCUCAGAGUUGCUUCAUCAACACAGAGCCCAGUAGAGAAGCAACUAGUGCCACCAAGGUCUCUGCUCUGGAGCCAGGAGUUUCCUACAGCAAAUCCCAGGCCAAGAAGUCCUGCAGCAGCAGCAGCAGCAGCACGUGGGGGCAGCUGUCGGUCAGUAGUAAAGAGCUGGCAAUUUGCAGCUCAGUCCCAUCACCCAGUGGCAUCAGCACGGCUGCCCAGCCAAGCAAUGCCUCUGAGUGCAAUGGGCUUUUGCCUCUUGGAGAUCAAGAGGGAGGUGUGCAGCUGGAGGCCCCUGAUCAGCCCUCUGGAAGUACGAAGAAGAAGUCCAGCAAAAAGGACUUGAUGAGUCAAACCAUCCAAACCACAGAUAUUGAGUGGGUAAAGAAUGCUCAGAAAGCAUUUGACAGCAAAUCCCAUGACAGCAUGGAAGGGAAAAAGGAGUCUUACUCAAUGGACAGCAUGAUGGAUACAUCACCCUCGAAGCAGAAUCCCAUUUCUGCCAGCACUUGUGAAAGUGACACCAAUCACGUACGAAUUACUAUCCCAAUAAAGUCUCCAACAACAGAUGCAUCUGGCCACAAAAGAAAAAAGAGGCAAUCCAUGAAAUCCUCCAUAGAGAAAACUAUCCAGGAGAAAAGCCUGCCCUCCGUGCUUGCUUUGAGCAGUGAAAUAGCAAACAGGACCACCAGCUCUCAAUCAGAGGGGAGUAAAAAAGAUCUUCGAGCCACAAAGCCAGGGAAAGUGAUUGAAAAUGAGUCCCCCUUAGCAGCUCUUGACAGUGGUGUGUUCAUGGACAAAGCGUCCCCCAAUAGUGCUGCCCGACUCAGAAAACCUCUACCUGUGACAUCCACUCUCCUACCCAGCAAUCUUUCCACAGCUGGCAAAUUACCUGACGUCCAGCACCCCAAACAUGCAGCUAAGCGUCGGUGGACCUGCAGCAAACCUAAAUCUAUUCUUCGGGAGACUUCCAUGACGACAUCUGAGAAGCUAAUGGUGGAGCCUCCUUCAGCCUAUCCCAUCACACCAUCCAGCCCUCUGUAUACCAACACAGACAGUCUUACUGUGAUCACACCUGUCAAGAAAAAAAGAGGACGACCAAAGAAACAGCCUUUGCUCACUGUUGAAACCAUUCAUGAGGGGACCUCCACCAGCCCAGUGAGUCCAAUCAGUCGUGAAUUUCCAGGAACAAAGAAAAGGAAGAGAAGAAGGAAUCUGGCCAAAUUUGCCCAGAUGGUUCCAGGAGAGGACAAGCCCAUCAGUGAACUCAAAUUUCACAAAAAGGUGGGGAAACUUGGGGUCUUGGAUAAGAAGACCAUCAAGACCAUUAAUAAAAUGAAAACCCUCAAGAGGAAGAACAUUCUCAAUCAGAUCUUGUCCUCCUGCUCCAGCAGCAUAGCUCUGAAAGCAAAAGUCCAGCCUCCAUCUAGUGCUGGGCCAACCACCAUUGAUGCCAGGCUAGGGAAGCAGAUCAAUGUCAGCAAGAGGGGGACUAUCUACAUUGGUAAAAAACGGGGCAGAAAGCCAAGGGCAGAGCUGCAGCCUCAGCCAGAAGAACCUAAGACAGCCAUCAAGCAUUCAAGGCCUGUUUCCAGCCAGCCAGAAAACCCAGCAGUGCCUUCCAACCUGCAGUCACUUGUGGCAUCGUCACCAGCAGCUAUUCAUCCGCUUUCAACACAAUUAGUGGGGAUCAACGGCAACCUCAGCCCUGCAAGCACUGAAACUAAUUUUUCAGAGUUAAAAACUAUGCCAAAUCUUCAACCUAUCAGUGCUCUUCCUACAAAAACCCAGAAAGGAAUGCACAGUGGAACUUGGAAGCUGUCUCCACCAAGGCUAAUGGCUAAUUCACCUUCUCACCUCUGUGAAAUAGGUUCUCUGAAAGAAGUCACGCUGUCGCCAGUGAGUGAGUCUCACAGCGAGGAAACCAUACCCAGCGACAGUGGGAUAGGUACAGACAACAACAGCACCUCUGACCAAGCCGAGAAAAGCUCAGAAUCCCGCCGGAGAUACUCCUUUGAUUUCUGCACCCUGGACAAUCCAGAGGCUAUACCAUCUGACACCAGCACAAAGAACAGGCAUGGUCACCGGCAGAAGCAUCUCAUUGUGGAUAACUUUCUCUCUCAUGAAAGUAUUAAAAAGCCAAAGCACAAGAGGAAAAGGAAAAGCCUGCAGAACAGAGAUGACCUCCAGUUUCUGGCAGACCUUGAGGAACUCAUCAAUAAGUUUCAAGUGUUCAGGAUUUCCCAUAGAAGUUAUACAUUUUAUCAUGAAAACCCAUAUCCCAGCAUCUUCAGGAUUAAUUUUGAUCACUACUACCCUGUGCCAUAUAUCCAGUAUGACCCAUUGCUCUAUCUUCGCAGGACCUCUGAUAUGAAGUCUAAGAAGAAGCGUGGUAGACCUGCCAAAACCAAUGACACCAUGACAAAGGUGCCUUUUUUACAAGGGUUCGGUUACCCUAUUCCCAGUGGGAGUUACUAUGCACCCUAUGGAAUGCCUUACACAUCAAUGCCUAUGAUGAAUCUUGGUUACUAUGGUCAGUAUCCAGCUCCUUUGUACCUGUCUCACACGCUUGGAGCGGCUUCCCCAUUUAUGAGACCUACCGUGCCCCCACCCCAAUUCCAUGCAAGCUCUCAUAUGAAGAUGUCCACCACUGCCAAACACAAAGCAAAACACGGAGUGCACCUACAAACCCCUGUGGGAAUGGGCCUUGGAGACAUGCAGUCCUCUUUGGCUCCUCCAAAGGUUGGAGGAACAAGCCUUUCAAGUGGCCGACUUCACAAAAGGAAACACAAACAUAAGCACAAGCAUAAGGAUGAGCGGAUAUUGGGGACUCACGAAGAUCUGAGUGGUCUCUUUGCAAGCAAGUCCACCAGCUUCUCCAGCCACACCAUCAGUGAGAGGCUGAGUGGCUCAGACAAAGACCUGUCCUUGCUCAACGAGAAGAGCAAGCAUAAGGAGAAGCAGAAGCACCAGCAUUGUGAAACCGGGCACAAAGGCUCAAAGAGUAACUUUGAAGUGGAUACGCUGUCUACACUGUCACUUUCUGAUGCCCAGCAGUGGUCACAAAGUAAAGAUAAAAGUGACUCAAGCAGUGAUCCCAUUGACUCUUGCACAAAGAGAUACUCUGGUAAUACUGAGAGUAAUGGAAGGUCGGAGUCCCUGGACAUGUUUGGUGAAAUGAAUUCCUCAAGUGAGAAGCGGGACAAUGAUGCAAGUGGGAAUAAAAGAAGAAGCUUUGAAGGCUUUGGAACUUACAGGGAAAAGGACAUUCAGCCCUUCAAGACAAACAGGAAGGACAGAAGUACUUUUGAUUCUUCAGCCUCUUCAGGAAUUGCAGGUGCCCACUUAAAAGUAGACCAGACUUCACUUCAUGGUAAAAUGGAAAGUUCUGCCUGUAAUGUGAUGACCAGAAGGAAACCAGCAGCUGUUGACAGUGUUGCAAUGCCAAGUCCAGUAUUAUCUCUCCUACCUUCAUCAUCAGCAACAUCUGAAGCAGCCAGCUCACCACUGAAGAAAAGGUUUAAGCGCCGUGAAAUUGAAGCAAUCCAGUGCGAGGUGCGCAAGAUGUGCAACUACACCAAGAUCCUGUCCACAAAGAAGAACCUGGAUCAUGUGAACAAGAUCCUGAAAGCCAAGCGGCUGCAGAGACAAUCAAAGACAGGCAAUAACUUCGUGAAGAAGAGGAGGGGGCGUCCUCGGAAGCAACCCCUUUCCUUUGACGAAGACUCCAGAGACCAAAUGCCCGUUCUGGAAAAAUGCGUUGACCUUCCGAGCAAAAGAGGUCAGAGACCAACACUCAACCCUUUAGUAUUGGAGCAAGCAGCCGCUCAAGAUACAAUCAUGGCCACCAUCGAGGCUGUCAUACACAUGGCUCGAGAGACGCCCCCACUGCCGCCUCCUCUGCCUCCUCCAUCCCCUCCACUCCCUCUCCCUCUACCCCGGGCACCCCGGGUUGGAAAAAGGAAAAACAAGUCUCCACAGGAGGAAGAGGAGGAUGUGAAAGUGAAGCGGCACCGGAAAGGCAGAGGGAGCGAAAGUGAAGGUCUUCCCUAA